AUGGCUAGUUGGGUUCGACAAAAAGACCAUGGUUCUUACGAAACGGCUGAAUUAAUUGUAGGUGGAAUUAUUCCUAUAUGUCUUAUUGUAAUUGGAACUAUCGGUAAUCUUAUAUCGAUUAUUAUUUUAUUUAACAAAGAAAAUUAUCGAAUAUCUACUAAUAUUUAUUUAAUAUUUCUAUGUCUUAUGGAUACACUUUCACUUUAUCAAUGGAAUUUAAAUCAACUUAUAUAUACAUUAACAAACGGUACAAAAGACUUCUGGGGACGAUCAGUGUUUCUUUGCAAAUUGGGUGAAUUUUUUGGUUUUUAUACUUUACAUACAUCAGCUAUGUUUCUUACCUUUGUGGAACUUGAUCGAGCUUGUUUAUUACGUAGUAGAUGGUAUAAAACAAAAAUAGCUCAACCACGUGUAGCACUAAUCAUUUGUGCUAUUAUUCUACUCGUUCUAUUUGCAUUGAAUGGAUUUUUAUUUGGUUUAGGUUUUGAAUAUUCUUUCUAUAAUAAUAGUACGGGCAUACAGGAAACAUUUGUAGUAUGUUAUUAUUCAAUGAAUGCAAAGCUCAAUGAUUUCUUUAAUUUUGAAUAUACAUGGGUAAGUAUUUAA